GAAUUUUGUUGAAAUGAGUUGCACUCUGUGUAUGUGUUUGUGUGUGUGUGUGUGUGUGUGUGUGUGCAGCUAGUGAUUUGUGUUGGUUAAUCAUCCACCUGCUGCUGCCUCAGGUUUCCUUGCACCAAGUACACACGCACACGCACACACACACGCACGCAUGCACACACACACACACACACACACACACACACACACAAAGACAUAUAAAGGUCAACCAUUGCCAGGCAGGUACAAUGAGAUAUGGAACAUAAUGUUAGCUGGAAAAUGAAUAAUCUUUUUCCACCCUCUGGAUCGUUCAUUUUCUCUGUCUUGCCACUGAUUUUCACUUCCUGCAGUUUUCUGUAUAUCUGUACAGAACAAGGAAACUUCCAAAAAAAUCUCACUUCCAGAAACGCAUGAGGGCCUAAAAAUGCUUCUCCAAGUCUUUAGUUGUCCUCAGUGAUUUACCUUCAUAUUAAAACGUUCAAUCAACAUUUUAACUGAAUUCAUUACAUCAUAUGGCGAUUAAUUAAUUAACAACCCUAACCCUAACAGGGAAGUUGUCACAACAAAAGCUAAUAACUUUAAUGUACACAGAAACUGACUUUCAAAAAAAAUUAAGAAAAAAAAAACCUACCCUGAGAAGUAUUUGCUAGGUGAAAAGCACGACAACUUGCGCCAUAUCAAAUUAAAAACCUGUCACUGCAGUCCACAGCUGAUGCAUGAGCUCUGCGUUUUUAAAACAGGCAAUAAUCUGAACCCCUGCGUCCUGUACAUUACAGAAGUUUGAGCGUAAACUGAUGCUUCGGUUGGAGUGGCUGAAGAGGCACACAGUCGUCUCGGUGCUUUAGACAGCUGGGCUCGCAUCUCGCGCAAGAACGGCGUAUUUUCAGAACAAGUUAAAUAAGUUAAACUUUUAAAAACGCGUCUUGAGAUACUGCGUUUUUUUUUUUAAUUUUUAUUCAGCAUCACUGCGUCUCAAUGUUUCGUGCUCUUUACGUACGAGUCAGGGGACAUCAUUAUUACGUUCUUUUUUUUUUUUUUAUCGUGCUACAAUUAAUUGCAUUAAAUUGACAGCUCGGCUUAUAUCGCCACUUAUAGCCUACUACUGCUACUUGCUACUUGCUGAAUCACAUUUUUCGCCUUGCCCUCUUUCUCUCUUUACUUGAUUAGUUUCUGGCAGAGAUCCAUAAUUUCUUCUCUUUCUCUCUCUCGACCUCUCCUUCCUCCCGAAUUCUGCUGAAUCGUCCUUUAUUGUCAUCCGCACUCUUCCACUGACCCCACUUCCACCAAGAGUCUAUCCCCAAUUUAAUGAACUGACAACCAGCAGCUCGUUUAGGAAACUCCAAUCCUGAUUGGAUGCUUAUCUCAGAAUGACAGCAGAAGACUCCGCCUCUGCCGUUGCUAUGAGUAACCCAAGCCCUUCCUCCUCUUCUAAGGCCUCCUCUGGGCAUCCGCAGCAUCACAACGCCAUCCCUGAGGGAGUGGCUGGGGCCCCCAAUGAAGCUGCGCUUAUGGCCUUGAUGGAGCAGUCAGGUUAUGGUAUGGUGCAAGAAAAUGGACAGCGCAAAUAUGGCCCGCCACCAGGCUGGCAAGGCCCCUCCCCUCCACGUGGCUGUGAAAUCUUUGUGGGUAAGAUCCCACGUGAUGUCUACGAGGACGAGCUGGUGCCAGUAUUUGAGACUGUUGGACGGAUCUACGAGAUGCGCCUAAUGAUGGAUUUUGACGGGAAGAACCGCGGUUACGCAUUCGUCAUGUUCACGCAGAAGCAUGAAGCUAAGCGAGCAGUUCGUGAACUCAAUAACUUCGAAAUUCGUCCAGGAAGGUUGUUAGGUGUGUGCUCUAGUGUAGAUAACUGCCGCCUCUUCAUUGGCGGAAUCCCAAAAACCAAGAAGCGUGAGGAGAUCCUGGAGGAAGUUUCCAAGGUGACGGAGGGGGUGCUGGAUGUGAUUGUGUAUGCGAGUGCUGCGGAUAAGAUGAAGAAUCGUGGCUUUGCCUUUGUAGAGUACGAGUCUCACCGUGCUGCUGCUAUGGCCAGAAGAAAGCUCAUGCCAGGACGAAUUCAGCUCUGGGGUCACCAGAUUGCAGUUGACUGGGCAGAACCUGAGAUUGACGUUGACGAGGACGUCAUGGAAACAGUGAAGAUUCUGUACGUGCGGAACCUGAUGAUAGAGACCAGUGAGGAUAUUCUACGCCAAACCUUCGGCCAGUUCAACCCUGGCUGCGUGGAACGUGUCAAAAAAAUCCGAGACUACGCCUUUGUUCACUUCGCCAGUCGAGAAGAUGCUGUGGUUGCAAUGGACAACCUGAACGGCACAGAGAUCGAAGGUUCCCGUAUUGAAGUGACCCUGGCCAAGCCUGUGGAUAAGGAGCAGUACACCCGCUAUCAGAAAGCAUCGAAGGGAACAGCGGCUCCGACAACUACUGACAACACCCAACAAAGUUACGUGUAUCAGUGUGACCCAUAUACACUCACCUAUUACGGCUAUCCCUACAACACACUCAUUGGACCCAACCGAGAGUACUUCAUCAAAGCAGGUACUGUAAGAGGCCGUGGCCGUGCUGGGGCCGGUAAUAGGGGCCCAGGGCCCCGCGGCUCAUACCUUGGUGGCUAUUCAGCUGGCCGAGGCAUUUACAGCCGCUACCAUGAAGGAAAGGGCAAAUUGCUGGACAAACCUUACGAGAUCAUGCCCAAUCUAGAGCUGGCAGCUGUGAACCCAGUGGGCAUCAAGCCUGGCACAAUGGCUCUUCCAGCACUCGGUGCUCAGUACCCUGCUGUGUUUUCUGCUGCCCCUGCAACUAAGUUAAUGGACGAAGGGAAGAUGCACCCAGUGGAGCACCUGAUAAACCCUAUGGCCCUCCAGCAUGACCCCACAGCUGCCUCGGCCACUGCGGCGGUCAUACCUGCAGUCUCCACACCACCACCUUACCAGGGUCGUCCUAUAACCCCCGUCUAUGCUAUGGCUCACAAUGUCCAGAGGAUCCCGGCUGCAGCUGCCAGUCUGUAUGGAGCCGGCUACAUGCCUAUCGCUACCCACGCCAACACGGCCAUGCUGGCAGCGCUGCAGAAGAACGCUGCUAUGGCAGCCGCCGCAACCUAUGGAGGGUACACUGGGUACAUGCCUCAGGCCUUCCCUGCCACUGCCACCUUCCAGAUGCCCAUUCAUGAUGUAUACCAGACCUACUGAGAUACCUGCAGCAUCGAUCACAAUGACUUACAAUUACACACACCACAUCACCACAGGCCAUCAGACAUUUACACCACAUCUAUGAGGUCUGCUGGUUAAUUGAACCACGGAGAGUGAAACUGACAUGCAACAACUCUUAACACCUUCUGACUCAUGUGAAGCUCCCUGGAAGCCUUUAGAUUAGACGCUGGCAGCAAGGAUGUAGAUUUCGGCUAAAUUAUCUCACAUCUUCAUCAGCCCCUCUGGCCCACAUUUAUUAAUCCAGACGUAUGACCUAGACCAAAACCACUUUUGUAUGCUACUGAUUAGCUUAUCAAGACAGGUAGACUUUUGUGUUAUAUGAUAUGGACUCAAACCCUGCAAUGUGACCAGAACCUCGCCUAUUUUCCCUUUAGAUCCAUAGGAAACAGUCCGUCAGUUCGAAUUCCUAAAGGAAUUGACAACUCUGGCUGAUUUCCAAAGCCAUUACACGACUGACUGAAUGAAUGACAACUCAUCACUCAUUUGCAUAUUUGAUCAUUCUGCAGAGGUUUUGUUUAUUAGUUGAUCACCAGUACAGCUGUGGACUGAUUCCGAGUGAUAUGUUCAUAUGAAGUCAUUCCAAAUAAGACUUGCAGAAGCACACCUACUGACAUAUCACCGUCUUCCCCACACACUCCAGCUGAGAAUCGUGAGCCAGAGCAUUCGUGUCGCUGCACACUCCUAAUACCACUCCUCUGCAUUCACAGGCACAAGAACGUUGUAGUAUUUGUGGACUUUAAUAAGAACGUAUUUAAUGGCUCUCUAUGCUUUAGUGCAUUUACUUUUGUUUUGUGAAGAAAAACAAAAUUGACAAAAAACUGUAAAAUGAACAAACAACUGCUGAGCAGGAACUUCAACAACCACAGAAGUAGAAGAUUUAAAGCGUUUCAUGAAAAUGCUGUAUUUUGAGUUUAUAACAUAUACUUUCAAAAUGUGUUGAAGACGUCGGAAUCUUCCGUCCACUGGGUUUCCUGCACACGAGUCUAUAUGCAAAUUCCUGCAUUCGUUUUUUCCUCCUUACCUGUUUAUUUUUAUAUUUAGAUUGUUUUAAGAUUCUACUGUUUAGUUGGUUUGAAGAUGUUGUUUUUAUUGUCUAGAAGAUAUUUUUCUUCUCUUAACUGGAAGAUAGACAAACACUGUUUUCAUUCACAUUCUCAGAGGCAAAAUAAGUGUUCAAGAAAACGGAAACUGGAAAAAGAGAUGUUUUUCAGUCAGAUAUAUGAUGGAUAACAUUAGUUCUCUGUUAAAGGUAUAGUUCACCCAAAAAUGAAAUUACAUGUCGUUCCAAACCUGUAUAACUUACUUUCUUCGGUGGAACAUGAGAGAAGGUAUUUUGAGUGUAUAUCUAUACAAUGGAAGUCAAUGGUAACCAAAACUUUUAGGUUACCAACAUUCUUCAAAAUAUCUGCAGAAGAAAGAAAGUCAUACAGAUUUGGAAUGACUUUAGGAUGAGUAAAAGAUUUUCAGUGAUUUUUAGAAUGUUCAUUUUUGUGUAAACUAUCCCUUUAAUGUGUUUUAAAUGCACAAACCGGACUGACAAAAAAGUAGCUGGGUUGAAGAUGCAGCAUUAUUUAUGAUGACUUAGUUCUGCUUACUUUUACGGGUUGUGUUAGUUGAUGACCAACCCUUAUUUUUUUCAGACCACUACUGUGAUUCCCAGCAUCCAGUCCUGUGAAGUCUUAUGUGCCUCAUUAGGGGAACACGCUUUUGUGCCAUUAAUACAAAUUACACCUGAAGUACUGUCCCAUUUACCAUUGAACCAAUUAUGUUCAUGUUGUUUAUUAACGGUCUUGACUCGCAGACCUUGAGUUGCAGAAUAAAAUCAGGUUAAUGGCACAAUACUCUCAAUCCCCCCUCCGAAUUCCUCCUAUAGAUGUGUGUAGAGACAGCAGACAGUUUUUUUGUAGUUCUAACCCUGCAUUUUUGUAGAUCACACUCCAAGUUGUGCUACUGUAGUAUGGUAUGUGUUAGCAGUGAUGACUGUUCUGAGGUGCACUUAAACAUUUUAGGGUGUUAGAAGUUCUUGUGUAUGUAUAUGCUGUGUGAGCAGGCACUUUUGUCUUUUUAGGGGUAUUUUGAUACUCCUAGAACUGAAAUGAACUGGACCAAACUGAAACCAGGGAGCUCAGAGAACCUGUUAAUAUCCUCAUUGUCUUUUCAAUGACUGCUGUAUGUCAUAUCAAUGUCCUCCUGAAGACUGCUGUAUGCCACCACUAUGCCUUCUGUAGGACUGUGUAUGUCACAUGUGCCUUUAUUCAGACUGCUGUCUGUAAAGUGACCUCUUAAACACUGUUUGUUAUACCACAGUGCCUCUUCUGUCCUAAUUUCUUUCAGAAAGUCAAUUUUUUUCUUUUUGUGUGUGUUAUACUGUUGUUUCUAUGGGGCCUCUGAGUGUUAGAGUGCUGCUUUAUGUUGUAUUAUGCUUUCAUGUGUUUCAUGUUCUAACAGAGUUGAUAUUUUAUUAAGUAUAGCCUGCUUUUUUUUGAGUGAAAGUUUGGGGAAAACAUCAUGAUAUACCAAAACAAAGAAUGACAAUCCAUGCAAGUCACAUCACGUAAGCUAGUGACACAUUUUUACACAC